AUGGAGGACGUAACGGAGGUGCGUACGGAUGGGAACUCCCUACUCAAGGCCGUGUUCCUGAGUCGACUGCGUCUGACACGCCUGCUGCUGGAGGGAGGGGCUUACAUCAACGAGAGCAAUGAGCGCGGUGAGACUCCCCUCAUGGUGUCGUGCCGGACACGCCACACGGACGCACAGAGCGUGCCCAAACACAAGAUGGUUCGGUACUUGCUGGAGAGUGGUGCUGACCCAAACAUCCAGGAUAAGGCCGGUAAGACUGCUCUGAUGCAUGCGUGUCUGGAGCAGGCCGGAGUGGAUGUCCUCUCUCUGCUGCUGGGGAGUGGAGCCGACCCCAGUCUGAACGACCACUCUGGCUCCUCAACUUUGGUCUAUGCUGUCAAUGCAGGGGACAAGGAGGCCCUGAGAGUCCUACUGGAUGCCUGCAAGGCCAAGGGCAAGGAGGUCAUCAUCAUCACCACGGACAAGCUACCUUCGGGAUGCCAGAUGACCAAGCAGUAUUUGAACGUGCCUCCACCGCCCGACCUGGAAGAGCGCAUGCACUGCACCCCUGGCUCGGCCACCUGCUGCAUGUCCCCCUCAGACAUACAGCUCCGCACCCCUCCACAGGGUUCCCCCGCCAUCACCUCCACCCACCCAGGGAGCCCCCACUUGGGCCUCAGGGAGCACCAGCACCACCAGGGUGGUGGAAGGGGAACCACCAUCUCUGGUUCUACUGGUUCUGAUUCUUCUCAGCCAGGCUCCCCAACCAGGGACCCUAACCUGUUACGAGGCCACAGUCCUGGGGUGGGGAAGCUGCUCCAUGUCCAGCGGCUCCACUCAGAACCUUGGCUGAAGAUCCCUCCAUCCCUGCUGCUGCAGCAGAGCAAGGCCUCUAACCUGACUGAGGAGCUGCUGGACAUCACCCCAGAGGAGGAGCUCUCCUUCUGGGUCAACAGCUUGGCCUUCUCUGGGUCCGGAAGGGCAGGGCCCGGGGUACAUCCAACCCUCGCCCGUCACCAGAGCAUCGACGCCAAAGACGCCACGGGGCUGCUAAGGGCCUUGGAGCAGGUGGCUGGAAGCGAGGGAGGUGGCGGAGGACGAAGGAGAGGCCUGAGUAGGAAGAUGUCUUAUGACAGCGCUGCAGCUUUUUCCCACCCCAACCUCUUGCACCGGUGGGACGGAGGAGGCUGCCCCAACUGUCCCUGUGGCGUUCAUGAACCAGUCCUCCCAGUGGACAAAACCUCCCUAGACUGCUGCCUCCCUAACCUGUCCGUGUCCAGCCUAAAGAAUGUAGUCCGCCACCGCAACAUCGGCAUGGACCACUAUAGCUCUGACUCCCAGUUGCCCCAGUUCGGCCACAGCAGCCACCCAGAGUGUAAUGAAUCCCACAGAGGCAUAGGGGGUGUUGUAGGGGGAACUGAGAAGCGUAAGCUGGUCACCAGCCGGUCAUCCACCCUGUCAGGCUCCAGGGAGUCCCUGGAGAACACUGCCCAGAGAAGGGGACCCGCAAACCUGGAGAGAAGAGGCUCGGGGGCCCUGCUCCUGGAUCAUAUCUCCCACACCCGGCCGGGAUACCUGCCUCCUCUUAACCCCCACGCACCCAUACCCGACAUCGGGGUCAGCCCCACCUCAACCUGCCCCAGCCUGAGUGGAAGCACCAAAGCACUGAAUCUGAAUGGGGGUGUUGUAGCAGGGCCGGGGUCAAAACCUCUCGUCCCCUGUGCACCUUCCUUCCACAGGGAUCUGAAGUUUAAGACAUUGCUGAGAAGACACUCCAUGCAGACUGAGCAGAUUAAACAGCUUGUCAACUUCGAGGAGCUCUUCAUCCACUAA